AUAUGGCAUUCCUUACAUUGUAUGGUCAAUAUUAAAAGGAAAAUACAAUACGACCUUUUGUUUUGAUCACUAAAACAUGAUUAAAACUAAUAUAUCGUUAAAUAACCCUAAUUGAAAAGACAUCGCGGUUAUCUGACCUGGCUUUUGUAGAAUGUAUGGAAGUAAUCACAGUGGCACGUGCUCCUUCUACAAGUAAACAUGGAAAAUAUUACAGCAGCACUAAAUGAACUCUUGAGGGAAGCAAAUGAGCUAUGUAUCGGAACUGAAGUUGUAAUACUAGAUAAAGUACCAGAAACGAUUGUUUUCGCACGAGAUUUCUAUGCUAAAAACCAGCCAGUGGUGAUAAGGAAUGCAGUGAGACAUUGGCCCGCGGUACAAAAGUGGAGCUCUGCUUACCUUAAGCAAGUGCUUGGUAAAAAACUGCUAGAUGUGACUACAACACCUARUGGUUACGCGGACGGUUUAGCCAAACAAGAUGGAACCGAUUAUUUCGUACUACCUCUUGAAGAAAAGAUGUGUAUGAGCGAUUUCUUGCAAAAACUAGACGACCCUACUGGUCCCAUACAUUAUAUUCAAAAACAAAAUUCUAAUUUUACAACUGAUUUUCCAGAGUUGGCUAAUGACAUCAAUAUUAAAGAUUUAGACUUUGCGGAGAARUGUUUAAAUAGUCCCCCAUUGGUAAAUUUUUGGAUGGGUGAUAAACGUGCAGUUACAUCUAUGCAUAAAGACCCAUUUGACAAUUUGUACUGCGUCAUAUCAGGGUAYAAAGACUUUAUUUUACUACCACCGCACCAAGUUGUAAAUAUUCCGCGUCAGCUUUAUCCUGUAGGAAAAUACCAACGACAUGAAUCGGGUCAAUUUUAUAUUGAGCCUGUAUUAAACGUUCAAAGUGACAAUAAUAAAAGCGAACCGUUACAAACAGAGUGGRUAAGUAUUGAUCCCCUAGCACCGGAUUUCAGCAAAUAUCCGAAAUUUGCAAAUAGCCAACCAUUGCAAGUACGUGUGAACGCCGGUGAUAUCUUGUUUUUACCCAAUUUCUGGUUUCACCAUGUACAACAAAGUCAUAAAUGCAUAGCAGUGAAYUUUUGGUACGAUAUGGAGUUUGACAGCCGUUAUUGUUUUUUCCGUAUGCUGGAAAAACUUGUGGAAACCGAAAUAAAWUAGAUAUUUAUAUUUAAAAGCUGCGAAAUAAAAUAUUUUUGACCCAAAAUUCGCAUUAUUUUUUUCUAUUCUAAUAUCUUUUUAUUAAUUUUAAAUUUAGUCUCAUACACUUAAAUAUGUGAAUCAUUUUAAAACUAUAAUAGAGCGAUUUCUAAAUUACAAUAUAUAUGUAUGUUGUAUAUUAUACACCAAAAAUGAUUCAAUAUUAACACGU